UCCGAAAUCCGAGAGAUGGCAGACGUGUACAAGAUCUUGAUACUUUUGGGCGCAGUGGUGGCCGGUGGUGCCGUUCUGGGUGAAGUUGGUAGUCAGUUUAGUGUCCAGAAUGUCAGCAAUAUUGAUCCGGGCAGAUACCAUGCGCUGGGACUGUUCAACAAUGAUCAUCCGAGUAGGAAGCGACUUGCUGUGAGGAAGUGCACUUCCUUCAACUUCAUAUUUCCGCUAAAGAUCUUCUCCACCGAGGAGCCCUACUUCUGUCCAGCGGUUUUCAUCAGUCCAGAAUCACUGCUAACGUCCGCCCUGUGUCUACGGAUGCUGCAACGCCCCGAUGAGCAUCCCUCUAGUCACAUGUUCGCGAUGGUCGACCGCGAAGAGGUCUUCUUCUACGAGCAUGGCCGUCGCUACGUCAGCAAGAUCUUCGUCCAUCCCAAGUUCGAGGAGGAGCCAGCGUACUACAACGUGGCCGUCGUUAAGCUACGUAACGCUGUCAGGUACGAUCGCGACGCCUUGGGACGCAGCCAGGUGGCCUGUCUGUGGGCUGAAAACCGACUGAAGAACCCGCAGGCCGUACUCGGCGAGUGGUUCGAGUUCCAGCCCGAGCAGAAUCCGUCUUUCCGGUGGCUGGACCUCCCGCUCAUCACCCGCAAAGAGUGCAGCGCCGAGUUGGCCAAGCUGAAGCGACCCGUUCCGGAGCUCAACCAGGGCGUUCAGGACUUCCAGCUUUGCGUCCGCGAGUCCCGCACCAACAGCUCACUGACCCGAUUCUGCGAUCCGCGCUCCUCGGGACCGCUGCUGACCACGCUCGGAAGCACCGUGUACGUGGUCGGAAUGCCAACCGUUCACAUCGACGAGUGUGGCGUCGAGGUGGAAGUGUUCAACCGGGUGUCGCACUAUCUCGAUUGGAUCGAAACCGUCGUCUGGCCCGGUCAGGAGUGAACGAUGAUGAUUGAGAGAUUAGGUCCCCUCCAUUUAGAGAACCAAAAAAAUCUCAUUGAUCCGAAUUUCAAAAAAGAAAUGAAAAAAGCGAACUACAAUGGCACCGAUCACCCUAAUCAUCAUAAAAAAUUCGUAAAAUCAGAUCAAUUUAUGUCAAGCGUGUCAGUUUUCAGUGCGUUUCGCAUGGAAAAUUGAGUCAUUUUUCAAAAAAUAAAUGCGUUUUUUUUGCUUCUCCCUCGGGCAA